UUUUCAAAUAAAAACAGAAUGCUUCCCAAACAGAGCACACUAGGUAUGCUCUGCAGCUCUGAGAUGUGACCAGGGAGGCAGGUCCAUCACUGACAUCAUUUGUUUGGGGGCUGAGCUGCUGAGAAGCAAAGGCUGGCUGCAGGGUGGAGAGCCCGUAAGUCAUUAGCAGGAGUGUCUGGUGGCGUACGUGUGUGUCUCUUUGAAGCCAGCUAGCUCCACGGAAGGAAGGGCAGGCAGCCCUCUGUGAAUUGCAUAGGAGUCAAAAGGUUUCCCUGGAGAUGUCAGCCACAACUGCAGCUGUUCUUCUGUCUGUCUUCCUAGAGGCUCACCUUUCUGCACAAGCACCUGUCAACGGGUCCAAGUGGUCUUAUAUGGGUUCUUCUGAUGGGGAGAGAGUGUGGCCCAAGAUGUUUCCCUUUUGUGGAGGAGUAUUCCAGUCUCCAAUUGAUUUUCACAAUGACGUUCUCCAGUAUGAUUCAACUCUUCUGCCCAUCGAACUGGAAGGCUACAACGUCCCCUCCACCGAGGAGUUUAUUUUGACCAAUAAUGGACAUUCAGUAAGAAUGAGUCUUUCUCAAAGCAUGCGCAUCCGGAGCCUCCCUUCCCACUAUUCUGCCGCUCAGCUCCAUUUACACUGGGGAAACCGGAACAAGCAGGAAGGAUCUGAACACACAAUCGGUGGGAGGCAUUUUGCUGCUGAACUCCACAUCGUACAUUACAACUCUGACAAAUAUCUGGACGUGAAAUCAGCAAUGGACAAAUCAGAUGGACUGGCAGUCUUGGCAAUCCUGAUUGAGACAGGUUCAUUCAAUCCAUCGUUCGAAAAGAUCUUCAGCCAUUUUCAGAAUGUGAAAUACAAAGAUCAGGAAGCCUUCAUCCCGGGUUUCAACGUCCAAGAUUUGCUCCCAGACAGACUGGAUGAAUAUUACCGCUAUGAAGGAUCCCUGACCACACCUCCUUGCUACCCCAGUGUUCUUUGGACAGUUUUUCGAAAGCCAGUACAAAUUUCAGAGGAACAGCUGCUGGCCCUGGAAAGCACUCUGUACUGCACACAGCCGAGUGACCCUGCCCCUCUUGAAAUGGUGAACAACUAUAGGAGAGUCCAGGAGUUUGAUGAAAGGCUGGUUUCUGUGUCCUUCCGGCAAGGUUUUGUCCCAUUUGUUGUAUUAGCCAGUAGCCUUGGCAGUGUCUUCAUUCUCGUGGUAGCCUUUUGGCUGAUUCGAAGGAAGAAGAGCAUCAAACAAACAAGGGAAGAGAAAGGUGUCAUCUACAAGCCAGCCAUCAGCAAAGAGGAGAAUAUUUCCAAAGCAUAAACUGCUGUUGAGUUAUCCAAGUCAUUCUCUGCUUUCCCAAACAUUUGCACAUCCUUAACAGCUCAGACAUUACUGUUAUCGCUUGCUUUCUCAAAUCUGUUGGAUUGUUUUUGCCUGAGCACAAAAAGAGACAUGUUCAGCUGGUCUCCUUUGUACAAUAGAAUAUGAAAGGACAGAGUUUGCUCUUAAGUAGAUGUGCAACAGAUAUGUGCCUUAACAUUCC